AUGCCCAUCCUCACCGUCAACGACCACCAGCUUCACUAUGCUGACUCGCACCCCGACGGUGCUCCUGAGAACGGCCACACCUUUAUCUUUAUCCACGGCCUAGGCUCGUCGCAGAACUAUUAUUUCCCCGUCGUCCCUCACCUGACCAACCAUCGCUGUGUCACGUUAGACACGUAUGGCGCCGCUCGCUCUCCCUACACUAGCCAACCAGUGUCUAUUUCAUCCAUCGCUUCGGACGUCAUCGGCGUUUUGGACGCAUUGCACAUCCCACAAGCCGUGGUGGUGGGGCACUCCAUGGGCGGCCUCGUUGUGACUCUACUAGGCGCCCAAUAUGCGGAUCGCGUGAAAGGCGUGGUGGCCAUCGGACCAACCCACCCGUCCGAGGCCCUGGCUACCGGAAUGCGCAAGCGAUAUGACACCGUCUCAGCUUCCGGAAUGGAACCCAUGGCCAACUCGAUUCCUGCAGCAGCCACAGGCACACAGUGCUCGGCUCUCACUAGAUCGUUCAUCCGCGAGCUCCUCCUCGGCCAGAACCCUAAGGGGUAUGCGGCACUCUGCCAGGCCAUCGCCACGGCACCGACAAUUGACUAUUCCGCCGUCAAGGCUCCGUUCCUGCUGAUUGCCGGCGAGGAAGACAAGUCAGCCUCGAUGGAGGGAUGUCAGCAUAUCUUUGAUCGCGUGUCCAGCGCGAACAAGAAGAUGGAGGUGUUGCAAGGCGUGGGGCAUUGGCAUUGUCUUGAGGCGCCGGAUCAGGUGGGCAAGACGAUUGCGUCGUUUGUAGGAGGUCUGUGAUUGGAACAGUAAUGCAGGAUUGAAUUGAAUUUGGACAUUGGGCUUGAUUUGCUCAGACUGUAACUGAAUAUUCUGUUCAUAGUGGUCUUGGGUUAAUAAGGGACUGCGGAAUAGGACAUGUUUACGAUGUGUAUAAGGACUAAGGCCCAAUUCACAUGGUCACAACCAUACUGAUGCCUUCUGUUGAGC